CAUUCGCAAAGUUUCUCCUCCGCUCCAAACAGCAAAGUUCCCUCCUCCUCCAAAAGCAGUCAUCAUGUCUGGACGUGGCAAGGCCUCCGGCAAGAAGGCGGUGAGCCGCAGCGCCAAGGCGGGGCUCCAGUUUCCUGUGGGGAGAAUCGCCAGGUACCUCAAGGCUGGCAAGUAUGCAACUAGGGUGGGCGCGGGUGCUCCCGUGUACCUCGCCGCUGUCCUGGAGUACCUCGCAGCUGAGGUUCUGGAGCUGGCUGGCAAUGCCUCCAGGGAUAACAAGAAGACCAGGAUCGUCCCCAGGCACAUCCAGCUCGCAGUCAGGAACGACGAGGAGCUGAGCAAGCUGCUUGGCAACGUCACCAUCGCGGCCGGAGGAGUGCUCCCCAACAUCCACAGCGUGCUGCUCCCCAAGAAGACUGGCGGCGGCAAGGCUACCGCCGAUCUCUUCCAGACGACGCCGUCCUUCCGCUUCAUAAUGUCUUCUGACCAACCACCUCAGACGCAAACUUUCAUGGGUCUUGGGUUCUACGCAGCUGGGCUCCUCGUAUUUGAAACAGAAUUCAGUGUCCUGUUGUUUGUCCUGUUCUGA